AUGCUGACGGUUCCGGAGCGCCGCUACGUACGAUCCAGCGACCGACGUCUGGCCGAAUUGGCAGCUCAAGCAGCAACCCGGUUUGACCUGGACGAGUUGCAGUAUCGACGUUGUGAGUCCAGUGGUGUCAUGACGGAGCAUGUGAUUGACGGCACCAUCGUGACUGCAACGAGUGUCAUCGAAUGCUCGCUUGCCGAGAUGCGGGGCCUAUUGGUAUCGCCCACGAGUGAACGCUACGCUUGGGUGAUGCGCGAACUGUUCGGUCGGGACUUUAUCUACGGGACGAUCGUGCACCACGCGAAAGAAGUGACGACGCAGGACGUGACGGUCCGGACAGCAGCCUUUUUGAAGCGCCACAUGCUGGCACGCAAUCAACAAUGGUGUUUUGUCUGUGCUCAUAAGACCUUGGAGAAGAGCCAAGCGGAGGGGGUUCACGGUCACAAUAGCGUCGCAGCACCCGGACGACGUGUUCUCGGGUAA